AUCGAUGCCGGAAGUAAACGCCAAAUCCCAGAUUCCAUCUACAAGACCACGUCGCGCAGAGAUCCAUAUUCAGCAAUGCAAUGGGGAAAUAUGUGCGUGAAAUUACUGUUUUAUUUGCCAUUUUUAGGCACUGUGGUUUAUUCCAAAGCAAAAGUGGGUCCGAAAGUAACGGAUAAGGUAUUUUUUGACAUCACCGUAGGAGGACAUGAGGUUGGCAGGAUUGUGAUCGGGCUUUUCGGAGAGGUUGUGCCUCUGACUGUGAAGAACUUUGUUACUCUUGCUUCUGGAGAGAAAGGAUAUGGUUACAAAGGAAGUAAGUUCCAUCGUGUCAUCAAGGACUUUAUGAUUCAAGGAGGGGACUUCACAGCUGGAGAUGGAACAGGAGGUAAAAGCAUCUACGGAAAGGCAUUUGCAGAUGAGAACUUUAAGCUAAAGCACCAGGGCACAGGUUGGGUCAGCAUGGCUAAUGCAGGCCCGGACACCAAUGGCUCACAGUUCUUCAUCACGUUAGCACGGGCUCCCUGGCUGGAUGGCAAGCAUGUCGUGUUUGGCAAAGUCUUGGAAGGCAUGACUGUUGUUCACACCAUUGAGCUCCAGGACACAAAUGACAGAAAUAUGCCCUACACAGAGUGUGUUAUAGUGAACAGUGGGAAGAUCGAGGUCAAAACACCAUUUGUUGUAGAAGUAGAGGGUUGGUAGUAUGACACACAGCACAGCUCUGGACUUCCUUCCUUCAUCCUGUAGCGUUCUCCCUUCUCCAUUCCCUCCCCAAUCCUGAGCAGUAUUAGAGCAGAGAGUGAAUCUAUGUCUAACAAAUAGUGUUCAUUUGGAAAUGAGGAAAAGCAGCCAAUAAGUCAUCAGCAUAUUUGGAAAAUUCUUCAAGACUGUUAAACAUUCCAAGUGGCUCAUGAAGCUGGCUCCCAAGCGUGUGCAAAGCAAUCAUCACUGUACUUUGAAGAGUCUAAAAUAUAAUACUAAUAUAACAUUUUUUUCCACUUACUUCAUAGCUCUGUUGCUUUCACUAUUGAAAAUAUAAAUGAGUAACCUAUUGUCUGGUACUCUGUAUUGCUAUUCACUUAGCAUCAUGCUGCGUAAUCUCAAAGUUUCUAAUCAUUAUUCUCAGGUUUUUAGUUAUUCCCCAGACUGUGCAUGGCAUACUACAUAGUAGUUAGGAAGUAAAGCCCAUUAGCCAGUUGUAGAGUUUCAUUAAAAAGUCUAUUGGAGAGAAAAUUAAUUACACUUUGUAUAAUACUGUUAUUUACCUUAAACUCCCUCUUAAGUUAUUUAGUUAAUUUGUCUAUUUGAAGCUCUUUUUGGUUGGAAUCGAAUUUCACAAUUAUGUAAUUCAAAAUAAUAUAAAAAGAAACCCAUAGUAUUAAAGGAACAGGGAAAGGAUUAGCUAAGAUUCGCAUUAAAUAUGUAGCAACCGUAUUUAUACAUACAUACAUGCUCUUUCUAUGAUACAUUUGAAUGGCUAAAACAUAUCAUUUGAUUAUAUAAACAUAAUUACUCAACAUGCAUUCACUCAUGUGCCAAAUAUAUAUGUACUUGAAUGCCAAAUUAGUAUACUCUCAAAAAGCAUUUACUAAGGGCUCAAAAGCAGAGCAUAUUUCUGUAGGAAACUAAUUCUCUUCUUUAAUGUGAUUAAUUAAUUGAGGAGUCCUGGUGCCAAAAACAAAUAUACUUGAACAUAUUGUGUCAAUUAAUUUAAUUACAUUUUUUUAGAUGAAAGUGAAAUUUGGUCAUUUUAAAAAGUUGGCUAGUUCUAUUUCUAAAGAGUAUUUUAAAGAACACAGAAUAAAGUCUUUGUAUAUCAAAAACAGUCUGUGUAGUUGGUGCAUUAUUUAAUGAUUGUUAAUUCUUGUACAAAAUCUAUGUCCAUGACCCUUUCAUUUACUGAUUCUUAAAAUCAUUACUGUUGUUUUAUAUUUUAAAUGUUUUAUUUGAAUUUUAAGUUGAAGCAUAUUUUCUAUCUUUUUUCUUAGACAUAUGAAAUCAUAAAACAAACUGUUAGUAACUGUUUUAUUUUUCAUUAAGUGUGAUGUAUUUAAAGAUCUGCAAUAAACUCUUUUACCCUAAA